AUGUCUUUGUCACGUUACGAAACAUAUACUCGUGAACAACAAAAUGCUUUUGUUAAUCAUCUUCUUGCAACGAUCUAUGAAAACUAUGAAGCAACUAGAAGAAUUCAAUCAGUUGUCGAAGGAAUUCAUCGAAUCGUUAUCACGAUUUUAGUUUUGCUUGUAAUUUGUAUCUCAAUCGGAUUAAUUUAUAUCGUAGUAAUCGGCUGUCGUAGGUAUCAGGCAAUGAAUCGUCAGGUUUUGCAUAGGCCUAAAUCUGAACCUAUUGAAAUUUGA